GCCUCGCGUACCGUCGCGUUUCUCUUCAUUCCGAAGUGAGCUGCCGUUGCGGGCUAACCGGCAGCCCCUGCUCGCUCCCGUUUCUCCCGUUAUCGGCCACACCGUUCAUACCAUUGCUCCGUUAUCGUUCAAUCUUCGGCGGCGGCGCACAUCGGACGCAUCGUGUGCUAUUACCGAUACGUCACCGCGUGCACGACACCGCAUACCCGCUAAUGAAUUGAAUUAUACUUUCGUGCCGCGGCUCUACAUCGCACGAGACACCGCGGCACGCGUACGAUCGAUCGAUAUCGCGCGACAAGUGACUCGAACGAUAAGUGUUGGAUAUCGAGACAGCAUCACCUCUUCCGUUCCCUUUUUUCCCCACUCCUUUACUCCUUCCGUUUAAUUCCUACGCACUCUUUUCGUCCGGUCACGUCCUUCGUUUCUGUUCCAUCCCGUUCCGAUCGAGGACUGGCUCCGUUCAGUCGAGUGUGUUUCACGAGUGUCUGCCACAGUUGAUCGAGGGAACUAUCGUCAUACGUUGGAAGUUUAAGGAUUCUCCCUUAAGUGAUCUCGUUCCAAUUCCAACGCUGGUGUAGUGGUGUCACGUGACGGAGGGAAUCUGGAGAAUCGUUCUCGGCACAAGGUAUCCGUGGAAACUGGCUCGAGCUUCGAACUCUGUUAGACGGCGUUCUAGCCGAAAUCACGAUGACGAUGGACGUGAGCAAGUCGGAGCCGAGUAAAAAUGGCGCGACGCAGCACGAGUGCGCUGGUUGUGGGAAACCGAUCACGGAAAGGUAUCUCCUCAAGGCCAUGGACCUGUUCUGGCACGAGGACUGUCUCAAGUGCGGGUGCUGCGACUGUAGGUUAGGAGAGGUCGGUUCUAGUCUGUUCACCAGGGCCAACCUUAUCCUCUGUAAGAGGGACUACCUCAGGCUGUUCGGGAAUCCGGGACAUUGCGCGGCUUGCAACAAGCAGAUACCGCCGUUCGAGAUGGUUAUGAAGGCCAGGACGAACGUCUAUCACCUUGAUUGUUUCGCCUGCCAACAGUGCACUCAUCGGUUUUGCGUGGGCGAUCGAUUCUAUCUGUGCGAGAACAAAAUCCUAUGCGAGUUCGACUACGAGGAGAGGCUCGCGUUCGCCAAUAUGUCAGUACAAACACCGGCCACGCUGGCGUACAUCAAAAGGCAACUGCCCCCAGCGCCGACACCGCCUGGCCAGAACAUGCAUCCGGGUCACAAUCCGCUGCAACCUCAUCAGGGACUCGGCCAGUCGGUGGGUCAACACAAUCACGUGUCCAACGGACAAAUGUCGGGGAGCACACCGAUGGUGAACGGGACGGCCAUAGGCGUGGGCGGCCCAAGAGCUCCAGGGGACAUGAACAACAACGGUUUGUCGGGUCCUGCCCUCGGCCCGGUCAAGCCACCGCCAAUGUCUAUGCAGGCGCCGACCAGCUGAAACGAGGUGUCACCCCCCUUGAAGAAGCUCAGAUGUCUCAGCGGUUAUUGAGGCUGUUCACGCUGCUGACCCAACAGACGUAACGGCGCACGGACACAGCGGUACGAAGAGAGAAAAUUAAAACGCGAAAGUGAACGAAGGGAACGAAGUAUCGGAGUGACAGACGGACACGGAUG